AUGUGGUCAACCUUUACUUCACCUCCUCACUCUUCACUCCUUGAUCUGAAUAUAACCCGUGUGGAGUGUUAUCCAGAUAAAAUAUUAGUACGUUUCUGGGGUCGGUACAACAACAUAUGUGAAUUGGAUUAUCAUAUAUUGCAUAAUGAAGUACAGAACGCAGCAAAGACUAGCACCAACAUUGCAGUUGAUGACUUUUGUUUCGCAGAGGACCUUUACAAUGGCGGAUGGCAUCGAGGAAGGGUAAUAAGAAAGGAUGAAGAAUCAUAUGAAGUAUUUCUCAUAGAUGUUGGGAUGGUGUUGACGGUUGAUUCUAGACAUAUUGCUGCUGCUACUAAGAAUUUGUUCCAGUUGCCUCCAAAAGUGGUAUGUGGCAUAUUUGCCAAUAUAGUGCCAGUAAGAGGGAUAUGGUCCACAACAGCAGCCAAAUAUUUUUCAUCACUGACAACUUCCCGAAUCAGAGGCUAUGUUGAAGCACUCUUGAAAUACCAAAUUAUUUUGGUGGAAGUCCCUGAUAUUAACCAAAAACUCUUUGAACUUGGUUUAGCAAAAAUUAUUGAUGGUAAUACUUUCAAUUUUCUAAUGGAAAUUUCAAAAGAUUUACUAGGAUUACCUGGUUAUGAGAUUACUGAACCUCUGUAUAUGCAGAAAUGCUGCAGGAAACCUGUAUUUGACGAAACAAUUAUAUUAUCUCCAAGUUUCCAACGAAUCCUGGAUGUUUUGAGCCCAAGUUUGCAAACUGGUGUUACAGAGACGGUAAAAAUAACGUGUGCUUUAGGGCUUCAUAACUUCUACUGCCAGUUGAAAAGGCUGGCUCCGGAGCUAGAAGCAAUGGCCAGAGACAUGCAAUGCUACUAUGAAACUGAAGGAAAAGAAUUAAACGAUGGACCUGUUGACAAUUUUGGUGCACUUUGUGCUGUAAAAGGCAAAGAUGGAAGAUGGUACAGGGGAGUUGUAAAGCAACUCUUAACCUCUGGCCAGGUAGAAGUUUGGUUCAUGGAUUAUGGAAGGACUGAAAUUGUCUUUCCAAAUUAUAUUAAAAAAUUGAUGCCAGCUUUUUUUAUGAUGCCUCUGAUUUCAUUUCCUUGUGCACUAACUGGCUUAUCAAAUCAGACUAAACAAUGGAUAAGUUUGCAGACUGACAUUUUGAAGGAAUCACUGUUUGAGGAAACAUUAACUAUUUGCAUCGAUUCCUAUUCCUCUAAAGACCACUUGUACUAUGUUACACUCUACAAGAUUAAAGACAUAAGCAUCCAUCAAGUAAAUGGAAUAAUGUCAGAAAUAAAUCCAGAGAUUGAGUGUAGCCCAAAGAAGAAAGAAACUAGGGAUAGCAAUGGACAAAUUAGAAAACUUCGAGAAACCAAGUGGAAAGGAACUGGGAAAGAGACAUGUAAGCCAAUACAACAUUCUGUAAGAUCCAAUGAGAUGAAAAUAAAUUCUUCCUAUGUUGGAUUUGUUGAAUAUGUAAUUAACCCAUCUGAUUUUUGGAUUCGAACAUCAGAGUACAAUGAUGAGUUUGAAUGCUUAAUGAUCAACAUUCAAAACCACUACAGCAAAAUUGGCAUAAAUGAAGGGCGAAUUCAGAAACCAGUACCUGGUUUAUUUUGUUGCGCUAGGUAUAGCAAAGACCUACAUUUUUACAGAGCAGUUAUUAAAGAAGUACUUGAUGACCAACUCAGAGUAUUUUUUGUUGACUUUGGAAAUGCUGAAGUUGUAGAUUUUGGUGCUGUGAAAUUACUGCCUCCUGAGUACACGAAUCUGCCUACUUUGGCAUUGAAUUGUUCUAUUGCUCAUGUUUUUCCCAUUGAGGAAGUGUGGACUAAAGAUGCAACUAACUUCUUUAAGAAAGCUGUAUUCAACAAGAAACUUUUUAUUGAUGUAGUCUCAAGGCAGGGCAGCAGAUAUGUCGUAGAAAUUAAAGAUAUGGAGUGCAGGGAGCAGUCAUCUAUUAGCACAAUGAUGCUUGAAGCUGGGUAUGCUGAUUUUUGGAAUGUACAGCCGAAUGUUAUGUUAUUUGAACAGAAAUGUCAAUGGAAAUUUCCAAAAUCCAGAACAGCCAAAUCAACUACAAGUGAGAAAAGGAUAUAUACAGAUAAAAACUGGAAGUUGAAAAGUUCAUGCAGUGUUCCAUUUUCAAAUACCUCAGUGUCCACUACUUUAUCUCCAGCUAUUGCAAUGCAUAAUAGCUUUCCACGUGUACAUCUUCACCUGCCAUCAUGGAUUAAAGAGUCCAAAAUAGCAUCACCGUAUAGACAACAAGUAUUUAAACUUGGGUCUGUUCUUGAUGUGAGAGUGAGUCAUAUAAAUUCUCCAGCAGAAUUUUGGUGUCAACUGCAGAAUAACUCCAAUCAGCUUAAAUUGCUUAUGAGGAAUAUGCAACAUUACUACAGUAUUCCAAGAGAUACUUUUCAAUUUGAGCACACUGGUUGUGUUGUAAAGCAUGCCAAAGAUGGUCAGUGGUAUAGAGCAUCAGUUAUUCAAAGCAACUUUCGAAAAGAAGAGGUUACUAUAUUGUUUGUUGAUUAUGGUAUCCAGCAAAAAAUAUCUAUCAAAAAUCUUUUUGCUAUUAAUCAAGAAUUUCUCCAUCUAGAAGGACAGGCAUUUAGAUGCACUCUUAACAACAUUGUUCAACCUGUAAGCCAUGAUCCUCCUGUUUGGGAUCAUGCUUCCUGCAACAAAUUUAAACAAUUCAUUGACAAUUGUUUAAUUUCUGGGGAUAGUCUUAAAUGCACAAUAUUCGCAAUGGCUCUGAUGGAUGGAAAAGGUCUGUGUAAUGUGGUAGACCUUCAUACACCAUUUAUUAAUGUAUGCCAGUUACUUUUGGAUAUGGGACUAACUACUUGCAUUGAAUCACCAUCUUCAUUUAAUCCCUCAAUUCAAUUAUACACACCGUAUUACAGUGCCCAUGAUAUAAAAGUUGGAAGUGAAGAGAAGGUGUAUGUAACCCAUGUGUCGAGUCUGUCAAAAUUCUAUUGCCAAUUGGACAAAAAUACUGUAGUUAUGGAUACACUUAAGACUGAGGUGGACACUGUUAGUGAAAAAAUGCAAGGACAAAGAUUAGAUUUGGAUAAAACCAGUAUGUGCUUAGCUAAAUAUUUUGAAGACGGUCAGUGGUAUCGUGCUAUAGCCCGUUCUGUGCAAUCACCUGAACAUUUUAAGGUGUUUUUUAUAGACUAUGGCAACACCGAGGUAGUUGAUAAGAAUGACGUUGCUCCAAUUCCUGAAGAUGCAAAGGGUUUGAUUUUGAUACCAAUGCAAGCAGUUAAAUGCCGUUUGUCCCUUUGUCGUCAGAAACUGUCUGAUGAAACUCUUGUCUGGUUUAAACAGGCUGUAAUGGGAAAACCACUAACAGCAUUUGUUGUAGCAAAAAAGUCUGAUGGUCAAUUAAUUCUUGAGCUUUAUGAUGGAAGUUUAAAAAUUAGUGCACAAAUAACAGGCCAGUGCAUACCUUAUCAGUAUGGAAGAGAGAUAAUGUGCCUUGAUGAAACAAAAUGGCAAAGUGGCAAUUCUCUUCAUCCAGCAAAAAUAGUUCCUUCCACAGAACAACUGAUAAGGAAGCAACCUGAUUGCUUAGUGCACUUAAUCAAAGAAACAAACAGACUGAUCCGCUCCUUUUUGAAUACAGACCAACAUUAUGUCGGACAUAAAAAUAAAGAGCAGAACUGCAACCUUAGAAAGGAAAAUGCGCGAUGUAUGGUUGGAAAACGUUUCAAAAAUAAAAGGAAUUGCCAAAAUGAAAUUAUCCCUAAAUUUACUGCACAUCUUGCAAGACUGAAAAAAACAUGCAACAGAAAGAAUUUGGGUGAAACAGACCAGACAGUCAAGGCUGCAAUCCGUCAGGGGAAGAUUAAGAAGGCAGCUCAUGAUGUGAUUACCUCCAGGAAAACAUUGCCUUUUACUAAACUUUGUCGUCUUGUACAAAACAGUCCUGCAGCACAAAAUAGAAUGAUGAUGUUGCAGUGGCCCAAACUACAAAAGGACAGCAUCGUUGAACAAAUCAUUGUGUGUCAACAGAAUGCCUUUGAAAAAGUUAAGCAUCUAUUAACUAAAUAUAUAAUAUACCCUGUGAUUCUGUUAACUGACCAGGAAGUUAUCAAAUUGCUAAGAAAGUUGGAUUCUAGAUUCGUGGAGGUUGAGAUUAACCAAGAUGCUGUUUCUCUUACUGAAACAUUUCCUGUAAUGGUCCACAAAAAUGACUUAAUUCGUGCUUCAAAAAAUUAUUCACCUGGUUUUGAUGGAUUGAUGAAGGAAAUUAGUUUUGCAGAAAUGGAGAACAAAAUGGCAAAUAAACAAUGUUUGGUGUCACCAGAAAAUUUGCUUCCUGUUGAUAAGAGUGUGUUAUGCUCAUCAUUGAACCCAAUUUUGUGCAGCUGUAUCCAGACGAGAAUAGAAUAUACUGGCUUUGCUACUUCUGUGAUUGACCCUUCAGAAUUCUACAUUCAGCUUGCAGAUACAUUUGAAGCAAUGGAAACACUCUCAUUACUGUUGGCUGAAUUGUCAGAGGAUUAUCAUCCUUUACCUCAAGACAUAUUGAAGCCUGGUGUAACUUGCCUAAUCAAGUCUGCUACAGAUGAGCAGUGGUCUAGGGUGGAAAUAUAUGAAGUCUCUCAGCAAUUUGUUAUUGUUAGAGCUGUUGAUUAUGGGCAUUAUAUUUUCGUACCAUCUUCAGAUUUGAGCAGACUGAGAGAACUUCCAACAGAACUUGCAGAAGUACCACGCUUGACUAAUCCCUGUAGUCUAAGUAAUGUUGUGCCUUCAGUUGGGCAUAACUGGACAGAUGAAGCUAUAAUUUUCUUUCAAAACUCCUUAAACGAGCAGACUUUGACCAUAUUUUUCAAACAGUGUAUAUCUGUGUUGCUCUGGGAGGUAGAUCUUGUCAUAAACAACAAGAAUGUUGCAGAAGAUUUAGUUUCUGCAGGACAUGCAGCUUUUCUGAAAGGAAUUGAGAACUCCUCAAUCAAAGAUACUAUUAGUUCUGCAGAGAACAUUCAAGUACCGACUGAACCUGUUUUAGAGCAACAGUUUCAUAAAAAUGAGCUUGCAGUCAUUUUACUAAAUGAAGAUACCUUUGAGAAAUUUGAAUCUACUUAUUCAACAGAAUGUAUGAACACAACUUUCUAAAGCUACCUUCCUGCAAAACAAAACUUUAAAGACUGGCCUCUGCAGCAACAUUAUUCAUUUCACUGAUGUGUCUUGUAUUGAAUCAUGCUCAAAAUUGUUUAAAAGUAUAUGAGAUUGCAAUUAAUAGUGAAAAAUUAAGUGAAAUAGUUGAAACACCGAUUCUUCCAACAUUCAGAACCUUUGAAAGAUGUCACAAAUGCAAAAGCUGUAAUUAAUCUUGUGGAGAUUUAAUUGCACAGAAUUUAAAAUAAGAUUCAAUGGUCCAAACAGGUCAGUGGAGACCAAGAAUCUAUCACUAGUAUGACUGGAUAUAAAACUGGAAUUUUCUGUUUAUGAAACUGCUUGAAUUGCAGAUUGAUUUUGUUGAAGUUUGCUUAUUUGAAAUUUAUUUAGUGAAUCUUGACAGGAUAGGACUCUUCUUAAGAAUGUUCAAAACGAUGUACGAUUUUUGUAAAAGUGCAAGAUUAUUGUUCAGAUUUGAUUUAAUAUAUUUGAUAAAUACAUCCAAAAUAUCUUGAGUUUCUUAUGAAGUCUUUUAAAGAAAAUACAAAUUCUUCAGUUUAGCUGGUUGAAAUAAGUUUUUUUUGUGUUUGCUUUAAAGAUGUUAGUACUUAAUAGUUAUUACUAUUUGAAAACAAGUAUGGAGUAUGCUUGUGGGAACUGAUGAUAUGCUUUCAAGCUAAACGUAAGCUUCAUGAGCAUAAAUGAAGUCAGAUUGAAUAGUUUAUUUCAUGAAAUAAACAUAACUAAAAAUGC